AUGGGGUUUGCAGUGAGCGGCGGUGGCGUCGCCGAUGCAUCGGCGCGGCUGCGGAGGCCGCAGAGGAGGCUGAAGCCAAGCAUCGGGCUGUCAUCGCGUCGCGCGGCCAUUCGAUGCAGGGGGCGUACGGGAGGAGGAUCGCCAGCGGCUGACGACGGUGGAGCGGGGGCCGCGUCCGUUGGGUCCGCACAGUCGGAGGCUGAAUUGGCGGAGGGUUCGAGCGCCACCGGCUCCGCUGCGACGGUCGUGGAAGCGAAUCGGCGGGAGGCGGGGAGAAGCGACGUUGCUCGCGGAGCCGUCGAGGCCGGAGACGAAGGCCGCGGCUCCCAAAAUGUCUGCGGCGACGGUGGCGACGACGAAGGGACAACCGCAAAACACGAAACGCGACGGCACGAAGCGCAGGGGGACAUCGCAGAUUCGCAGGCGGUCGGCGAGUCUGACGAUGCCUGUAGCUCAAGGCCCGGCCUGCAGGCCACCGCUGAGGCUUCUGAAGACUUUGUCCAAGGCCGCAUGGGGGCAGCCUCAGGCAGCGCGGAGACGGACGCCGUCCCGAUGCUCACGGCGGAAGCGGGAGGGAAGGGCGGCGGUCGCUCGCGUCUGCAGAAACCCCGGCCGAACAUCACGGGGUGUAGGGCAAUCGGCGCGAGAGGUCGAGGGUCGCGCCAACGGAUGCCCGCCGCUGUGGGGCGGCGUCGAGGUGGCCACGCGGCGGGCAUCGAUGACGAUCCGGGGGCCCCGGGGUCGUCGUCGGACGAUCGUCGCGACGAGCCGGCCGACGGCGCCUCGCUCCGCGGCGAGAUGACGGCGCCCGUCAGAUUGUCCGGCGCCGGCGUCGAUGCCGCCGGAUCGGUCGUUGGGCGGGAGAGCUUCAGUGUUGCGGAAGCGCGGCGAUCGGGAGGCUCGCUUGAAUUUGCCACAAAUGGUGGAGAACAACAACAAGUAGAACAACAACGAGGAGAACAACAACAAAGAGAACAACAACGAGGAGAACAACAGCAAGUAGAACAACAACAAAGAGAACAACAACAAGUAGAACAACAACGAGGAGAACAACAACAAAGAGAACAACAACAAGUAGAACAACAACGAGGAGAACAACAACAAGUAGAACAACAACGAGGAGAACAACAACAAGUAGAACAACAACAAGAAGAACAACAAGUAGAACAACAACAACAACGAGGAGCACAACAAGGACAACAACAACAACGAGAACAACAACAAAGACAACAACAAGGAGAACAACGACAUGACCGUGAUGUCGAGACGGUGAACUCGCCCGAGCCGUGCCACUCGCCUCUCACCUCGGGGGAGCCCGCAAGCCGUGGCCACCGGCGGCAAGCCGCCACGGGAUGGGAAAUGCCGGGGAGCGCCGCGACGCCCGGACGCGACGAGCUCGGCAUCCCGGACCCGCCCGUUGCGGUAACGAUUGCGGGAGCGUGGGUGGCGGAAGCCGCCCACGCCGACGCCUGCGGACGGCGAAGUGUCGGCGAUCUUGACGUCGCCGUGGCGACGGAGCAGGGCGGAGACGCGUCCCGAACGAGCGGCCGCAUGCCGAGCGACGUCGCGGGGUACGCCGCGGGCGAAGCCCAGCGGUCGAGAUCGCUGAGGCCCAAGCCGAACAUCGGAGCGGCCGGGAGCGUGGCGACUCGCGCGGACCGACGGCUUCUACGGGAGGCCGCGGACCGCGGGGUGAUCGUGGUGCAACGUCUCCGGGCUUCGUCGCGCGACGCUGGGGCCGUGGGAGCGGGCGGCCAAAAGGAGCGGCCGGAGGGGGCGGCGGUGGCCGCCCCCGCGGCGACGGCGGCUGGCGCGUGGGUCGUUGCCGCUGCCGAGGUCUUGCCGGGCGCUUCGGAGGACGCCGGACGGAAGGCCGCGGCGGUCGGGCGCUCGGAAGCCGAGCCGGAACGCGCGGGAGAUUGUCGGCGCGAGGAGGCGAGCGCCGUCGCUCCGGAACGAAGCGCCGGCGGUGGAGGCGACGGGACGUCGAGCAGCACCGGUCGCCGGGAGGCCCCGGCAGAGGCCGCGGGCGGGGCGGCGCGGUCGCGACCGAACGCCAGAGCGGCGCACGGACGGGCCGCCCGAAACCUGGCGAACCCCACGGAGACGGGGCAGGACGAAGCACCGUGGCGGUGCGAUGUCGCCGCUUGGGAACGAGGUGAAGGCGACAGCGACGACGGUGCGACGGCCGACGUCGGCCGUCGGGAGGCGCCGGCGCCUGCCGAGGAGGCUCCGGCGUUCUUCACGCUCACGCUGCUCGAAAUACCGCGGUCCAUAUACACGACGGGCGCGCCGCGUCGUGCCGGCGCCGGCGUGGGCGAGGCGGCAGGGGGGGCAGCGACAGCACCGGCGGGUAGAGGGGCCGAUGCCGAACGCGAGGAGGAGGACGAUGCAGCGGUGAUUGGAGGCGGAGAGGCGGCGUCGGGGUUGGAGGCCGGGGUGCCGCGCUGCGCCGGCGACCCGAAGCAGGGGGCAACCCCGUGGGACUCCACGGCUCCUCCUCCUCUUACCUCGUCACCAAGGCCGGGCCGUGCAAGGUGCAGCAGCGACGAUGCACGAGAGGAGGAGGAAGAGCAGGGAGAGCGUGGAGCCCAGUGCGGCUCCACGGAGAAGCGAGCACCCCGACUCGACCGUGAAGCCAACCCCGAUGACUCUCGCACCCGACGAGGAGGGACGACUGUUGCGGCGGCGGCGGAAGAGGUGGAGGAGGUGGAGGCUGUAGCCGGGAGAAAGUCGACGCCACGCGGCGGCAAGCGCGACCGAGAUGCCGCAGGACGUCCCCGGAUCGGCCCCGAGGAAACCGCUGCCAGGAUGCCACCACCACCGCGGCCGCCACCACCACCGCGGCCGCCACCAUCACCGCGGCCGCCACCACCACCGCGGCCACCACAGGGGGCCCUCGGGAAGAGGACGAUGGCUCUGAAGAGAGGUGGCGGCGAGCCUGAGGAGGAUGAGGAGGAGGCUGGGGGGGGCAGAGUCCCCGACGCGCCGGUGAAACGUCUGCGCCGCGGCCCGGGACGGCGAUGCCGGGAUGAGGGAGUUCCCGCCCGGCGCGGGGAAGCCGAGACCGGCGCCGGCAAGCGUGACCCCGCGGCGGCGGCGCCCGUCGCGUCCGGGCGAGAGCGGAAGAGGAGGAGCGCCGGCAGGCGAGCCGAGGGAGGGGAAGUGGAGCGGGCGAAGGGAUGGCGCCGCGUGCGCCUCGGCAACUCGGCGGAGGAGACUUCACCGAGGGGCGGGAGGGCGGAAGAGGAGGACGAGGUGGAGUGUCCGUUGGUAAGCGGCGACGACGGCCACGGCGGCGACGAUGGGACGGCGGACGGAGAACACGUGGCCGGAACUCCUGCCGCCGCCUCACCCGAAGCUCAGACCUCGCGGUACAGGCCUGGGGUGCGGUCUCCCUCCAGCCCCCUGGCGCAGGGGAUCGGAGCCCCCCGAUUGGGGGCCUCGGGGAUCGCCGGCGCCGCCAGCCCCUCCAUGUCUUCCGACACCGACCCCGAUGCUCUGACGACUUUCACAAUCGAGGACAUCUUCAUGGAAGUCCAGUGACGUCCACCUGCAGAGCCGAGCGAUGCGGGCUUCGCGCUCUGCAUCAUCAUCAGCAUCGUCGUCAUCGUUCAUCCACGGUCAAUCAGCUGCUGGGUGAAGGCCACCCCAAGUGCCGCCACCGCCUCUCGCGAUCCCGCGAUGCGACGCGCGACGUAGCCACUCGCACGUGGGCUGAUGUCAUUGCCCUGUAGCUUCAAUCUCUUCAUCAUCACCGUCAUCAUCGUCAGUAUCGUCAUCAUCGUCAUCAUCGUCAUCAUCGCCACCUUCAGGUUAAUAUUUACAUAGCGCAAUACGUCUCACCUCGCUCUUGUGGGUGUCCAAGCCGCCACUUUGUUUCCCCGCCGUAUUUAUCUCAUUUGUUUGUUUAUUUAUUAAGUAUUUAUUAAGAAAUCGGCCUUUCAGAUGGUGAAAUCAUCCGAUCCGAUGUUGGCUCUGGAAUUGCGGUCCAAAGGGUGGGUCCACGACUUCACUUUGCGCCGUGAAAUUGUGGGAAUGUGAUAACUCCGUUUUGGUGAGUUGUCACGUGUUGUGUUGUACGUUGAAUUUCUUUCGCAAGGACGAACAAACAAAACGCAGAAAGUAGAGUUCACAACUCGAAACGUUGAUCUUUUUUUUUCUUGCCAUCGCGGUUCCUCAGGGUAGCGUCUGCAGUGAUGUGUUCCGGACCGAUGUUUUGAAUAUUGGGGCUAUUAAUCGUUAUGGACCUCGACAAUUUCCAAAAUCAUCGGGAUUCGCCCUCAAUCUUGACACACCCCCUCAGUGAAGAUGUCAGAAGCUAAGCAGGGCCACGUGGAUUCUACACCAGGCCCUCCGGUUUCCCCCUCCACGUUUAGAAUCAGCAUCACACGUUUAUAGUGUUUGGCUGCUAU